GGGGAGCUUUGGGGAGGAGGGUGUUGGUCCUCAGCGUCAUUCCAGGCGCUGCAGUCAGUGCGGACUUUCCCAAACUUUACUAGUUGGAGUUGGAGCAGCCACUGGGGAAAUGUGACUUCGGCGUCUGGUUCCGCGGUAGAACGCAGUAAAAUGCAGCGAUAGCCGCUUCCUCCUCGCGCGGAUGCCUCGUUUUUAAGCGUUCGGUGACUAUGAAUCACGUGCGUGGGGAGAUGGACUGGCGGGCGCUUUUCACGCUGCUUCUCCACGUCCACCUCAUCUACGGGUCUCCCUCUUCUUAUAACCUGUUCCAGGGGACUGGAUACACUGGAGUGACGCACCGACACAGAAACAGGAACUGGUGCGCCUAUGUGGUGCACAGGAAGGUGAGCUGCGCCGUGCGUGACGUCACGCACGGCGUCCCGGAGCCCGCGGUGGCCCCCUGCCCGGCCUACCAGCCCGACUGCCAGCCACCAGUGACGUACCAGACUCGAGUCCAUCCCACAUAUAAAAUUUCCUAUAAGACAGUCACAGAGCUGGAGUGGAGAUGCUGUCCCGGCUACCAAGGCCCAGACUGCAGAGACCCCAAACCAGCCCCAGAUCGACCUACGCAGGCCUUCCUUCCCCCGAGUCCUGGUCAUACACUCAGACACACACAGAGGCCAGAGCGGAGAGAGACAGGACACCAUGAGACGAGGCUCGAUGGCACUGAUAAGGUGCGUGUCCUGGAAAAUGAAGUUCAGCGGCUCACGCAGAAAGUCCAAGAUCUCCAAUCCUCUUUGAGCGGCCUGACUACCAACCUCCGCACAGACCUGCAGGAAGACACCAAGAAGAUGUUGGUGACUCUGUUCAACAACAUGCGUCCCCCCGAUACUGCUUCGGCUGCAGGCACUGGGAACAGCCCGGCAAUGCUGGACGGCCAUCAGGCCACCAGGGACGGGGCUGCCGGAGACAAGGCCAUAGAAAAGAUAGUCGCCCGGUUGGACGAUAUCAACAAUGCGCUGAAAAGCAAGGAUGAAGCUUUGGAAGACUUAAGAGGAACCAUGAGCAGCCACGAGGGGCAGAUCCGCGUCCUGAUGGACACCUCUCAGUCUCAGACUCCAGCAAUAACAGAGAUUGACCUUAUACAGACCUUCGUCGACGGGAAGCUCGAGAAGCUAAAAAAGGAGCUGGAGCAAAAUGUGGAGGAACAGCUGUCUAAGCUACAAAGCUCCUGGAGCGACAAGAUCCAGACGCUAGAGAAGACCUGUGAAGAUAAAUGCAGCCAAGGUUUGCUCAGCCUGUCCAAGGUGGUGGACACCAAGGAGGCUGACCUGAAAAAGGAGAUCCGGGCUUUGCAGUUCGACAUGGCCGCUGCAGACGGACCCGUCCGCACUCAAAGACAGACAGAUCCGCCCGAGGAGGCAGUGGAUCGCAGUGACCACAAAGACCUUUGGCGUGAAAUUGACCGAAUCGCUGAGGCUCACCGCAUCCUGAACGUCCGCAUCGACAAUGAGCUGCUGCACCUGUCCCCGCGUCAGGAGGACGCCGACUUCAGCCUCCAGAUAGAGGAGUUGGAGGCUCGCAUCAACAUCACAGAGCAAAAUGCAGAGACCCACUGUUUCUACAUCGAGGAGAAGCUGACCAGUAAGAUCAACGACGAGGUGGCAGAACUCCGCAGGCUCCUUAAUGAGCGUCUGAAUGGAAUGGAGGACCAGCUCACCCACAUGCUGGUGGAGAUGAGCAACAACUCCUUCCCAGGGAUGUUCAGUGAGUCUAUAGACGCCGUCCAGGUCCAAGUCAACAACAACAAGUUCCUUCUCCAAGGUCUGGACGAUAAGGUCAAUGCUGUUGAAGAGUUGUGCACUGCAGGAUGCUCCGGCUCACAGACUAGUCCGGGUCCCGGGAGCUCCUUCUCCACACCUACAAACCUGGAGAACCUGUUGAAGGACCUGAGGCGAUACAGGAAUGACUUGGACGGCCUUCACUCAAAUGUCAGUGGGAACGCAGGCAAGCUCCGAAUGCUGGAGGAGCUCGUCCAGAGGCAGUCAGUGGGCAGCGGCAGACAAGACAAGACCAUGCAGGACUUCCAGAAGGGACUGAUCAAUCUCCAGGACAACGUCCGCGGUCUGGCUGGGGCCGUCAGCCGCUUAGGUGACUCCUUGAGCAAGAACAAGCAGGACAUGUACAGAAUAAACUCGACGUGCUGCCACGGAGAGCAGAGCAGCCGCAGAAGAUGGGACGGCUGGAGCCCAGCAGCCGCCGGUGAGGCCGACGCCACCGGGCGGCAGGUGGAGGAGCUGAGCGACAGGCUCCACGCGCUCAGCAGACAGGUGUCGUCCGAGCUCAGUCGCUGCAAACACGACACGCGGGGCGUCUCGGACGUCGUGUCGGCCGUGGACGGACGCGUCACCAGACUGGAGAAGGUGUGUGGACGGCUGGACGGGAUCUCUGCCAACGUCAGGGACGUGAAGGAGGGGCUGGAGAGACACGUCGCCGGCUUGCGGGACUGCGUGCACAAGAUGAACGUCAGCUCCGGGAAUCAGGGAGCACAAAUCGUGGCUCUGCAGAACUCCAUGCAGCGACUGUGGGCGCAGCUGUCGAAGGCCAACCAGGUGAAGGACGCGGCAGGAGCGACUCCCAACCACAGGAUGCCUGCUUCCAUGCCAGACUCCACUCAGACCAGGCCGAGAAUAAAGCAAAUCCACAUCCCUCUCAUCAUCCCGCCGCCGCCAGCCAACCGCAGGCAGCCGGCGCAGCCCAGCACGCACCCGGUCAGGGUCGGUCCAUCCGGCCCCCAGCAGCCGGGCCCCCACGCCCCGCUCCCCAGGCCCGUGGUGGAGACGGGGGAGGCGGGGCCGCCCGGGUACAUCAGCAGGGUGACGGUGCGACGCGGCUCCGAGGACUCGUCCAGCGCGGCCGUCAAAGGCUUCGCCGGAGCCCCAGGCUAUCCUCCUCUGCAGCCGGCAUCCUUCAACCCCCAGCCAAGCGGCCACAGAGUUCCCAAAGCAGCUAAUGUCCCGUGGAACCCGACGUACCAGGCUCCAAUCGAACCGCCAGUUUCAGUGGACAGCAGCGCUUUUGCAGAUCCGCACUCGUUCUCGGCCGGCCUCACCCAGAAGCCCUCUGGAUUCUUUGGCAACAUCUGCUUCGACACGGUCCUAGUCAACGAUGGGGGACACUACAACCCUCGCACAGGGAUCUUUACUGUUCCUCUGGACGGUCGGUACCUGGUUUCGGGCGUGCUGACGGCGAGGCAGGGCAGCCGAGUGGAGGCCGUGCUGUCCGUGUCCGACCGCAGCGUCCACAGGCUGCGCACCUCAGCGGAAAGCGGGAGCUGCGGGUGCGGCGGCGCCGUGUCCUUCAGUCUGGUGCUGCCGCUGAGGAGAGGGGACCGCGUGGCGCUGGUGAGGAACUUGGGCCAGCUGCUCAUCACCCAGCCCAGGGAGAUCCUGUCCAGCUACAGCGCCGUCUUCCUGUACGCGGCGCCGGCCGGGACGUAGCCGGCGCCGGGCUCCGGCGGAGCCAGGACUGGUUGGAACCACACAGUGUCUGUGUGAAGAUGCUCAGUUAUAAAGACCAGUUUAGACGUCGUUACACUGCAGUUUGUAAGCAAAGAUACGUGAACACAAGAAGCAGCAAUUGUUUCUAAUA